AUGAUCUCGCCAAGUGUGCCCUCCAGGGUCUGCAGUUCCACCUGCAACUUGCAACAACUAUCAGGCUUGUUCCGCCAGGGCGUUUGCUUUUCAAGUCGCGAUACCCUCUCAUUCUCUGUUCUCGGACACUCACUGCCAUGUUCUGCGUCAAAACCUCGCAAAUCCGCUCUACAUACCACCUCUUCCCGAUCCUUCCACUCCUCUCCCGGCCGAUUCUCCAAUCCUUCAUCUUCCUCAGCCCGGAUCUCAUAUAAAGUUGCCGUCUCGUCCACCGGCAAAGGCCGCCGCUUCCACCCUCUCAAAAAUGUCUACCAUUUCGAUCCCGCAAAAUCAGACAUGAUCGGGGUCUCGAAAGACCCCAGUCCCAGCGUACGCAAGCGCAAUCGCCCCGAUAGCGGCGAAGAUGCAUUCUUUGUCAGCCGGAUUGGUUCCAAAGUUUCAGGCCACCCAGACACCGACGGCGCUGUCGCCUUUGCUGUUGCUGACGGCGUAGGUGGCUGGACCGAAUCCCGCGUCGACCCGGCGGACUUUUCACACGGUCUAUGUGGCUACAUGGCCCAGUCGGCGUUGACAUGGGAUUCACCUGCGGACAGGUUACGACCCAAACAGCUCCUGCAAGCAGGAUAUGACCAGGUUGUCAAAGAUCCCACGAUCAAGGCUGGAGGGAGCACUGCCUCGGUGGGAGUUGGCCUGACGGAUGGACGAGUGGAGUUGGCGAAUCUAGGUGAUUCGGGGUCUGUGUUGCUUCGUCUUGCGGCCGUACACCAUUAUUCCGUCCCGCAGACGCAUGGCUUCAACACCCCGUAUCAGCUCAGUGUGAUUCCUCCCAAGAUGCGUGCUCAGGCGUCCGUCUUCGGAGGUUCCUUCUUAGAGGACACACCCCAGGACGCAGCCGUGACCAACGUCCAGAUGCAGCACGGAGACGUUCUCAUCCUAGCUACAGACGGAGUCUUUGACAAUUUAAACAAUCAGGACAUCCUCAAGAUCGUCACCACCCGGAUGGUCAUGACAGGGGCAUGGACAGCCACCGAGGACUCGGGGGUGAAAAUCUCCCGCGAAAUCGCCAGUCUCACGGUCCCCGGUGGCCUCGCCUCCGCAUUCCCUCCCCCCAAGUCCGCCGACAAAGAACACGAGACUCUCGAAUCAGUCUAUACAUUACAGUCCCUUCUCGCGGCCUCCAUCGCCGGAGAAGCCAAAGCGGCCAGUAUGGAUUUCCGUCGCGAUGGACCCUUCGCCAAAGAAGCGCAGCGUUAUUACCCGGGCGAUUACUACCGCGGCGGCAAAGUCGAUGACAUCUGCGCUUUGGUCAUGAUUGCCGUUGAUGAGAAUCAAGUCGCGCACAAGUAA